GUACAUAUUCAUUCAUUUACACGCACAGUGCUCGCUCAUUCUGUCUCACUUGCAUGGAAAGGAAGAGAAGGAAAAGGAUUCUUCUCCACCGUUGAUUGCCUGUUCUCCUGACUCACUCGAGUCUCUCACUCUCUUCUCUCCCUCUCUCUUUCCUCCCUCCCUCUCUCUCUCUCUCUUAGUACAAUGCAGUCUAUUGGUGAGUACCAAUACAGGCCAGGAGAACUCAUUGGGCAUGGAGCCUUUGCUCUUGUCUUUAAGGGACAGCACAGACAAACUAGACAGGCAGUCGCCAUUAAGCAGAUAUUGUUAAAGAACAUUCCAGGGAAGCUCUCAACUGCAAGACAAGAUGAAAUAUCCAUACUUAAGGAUCUGAAGCAUCCUAAUAUAGUCCAGCUGUAUCAUUAUGAAGAAAUGUCUAACGAAAUAUAUUUAAUUAUGGAGUUUUGUAAUGGAGGUGAUCUUGCGGAAUAUUUGCAAAAGAUGAAGACGCUUUCAGAAGAAUCCAUUAGACAUUUAAUUAAAAAUAUUUCCAAUGCAUUACAGGUUAUUCAUAAAAGACGUAUCAUUCAUAGAGACAUAAAACCACAAAACUUGCUUCUUUCUUAUCCGCCAAAUAAAACACCUGCAGCGUCCUUUCAAUCAGCUACAAUAAAGCUAGCUGAUUUUGGUUUCGCUCGUUAUCUCAAUGGAGCUGACAUGGCAGCGACACUCUGUGGCUCCCCGCUAUAUAUGGCUCCGGAGAUAUUAUUAGGCCAUCGCUAUGACAACAAGGCAGACUUAUGGAGCACAGGUACUAUCCUGUACCAGUGUCUGACGGGGCGUGCUCCUUUUGAGGCAUCUAAUCCUCAUGCAUUAAGACGAAGGUAUGCCAGAGAGACUUUGGUACCAAGAAUACCUGAAGGUGUCUCUCCAAAGCUAGCUGACCUGUUGCUGAAAUUAUUAAAGAAGAAUGUACAGGAAAGGAUAUCACACAGUUCUCUUAUUACUCAUCCAUUUCUACAGCCUGAGUCUAACGAUGAUAAAAUAUCUCUUCCAGAUCAGUCUUUACCUUCUCUUCAUGCUAAGUCAUCUCCUGUUCCCAUUAAAAGGAGACAGUCUUCAUCACGUUCAAUCACAUCACCAUACACUUCUCCACUUGGGUCUGGUUCGUUGGGUCAUAAACGUUGUUCCCCUUCCUCAGGACCUCCUGUGUCACACGCCAUCGGAAGCACUAUUCAAAGCCCACCUACCAAAGACUUGGAAGAUUUUGUGUUGGUUGGUGCUACGGCAGAAUCAACUAGUUCUCGGUUGUCUCCCUCAUCGCAAGGCUCUAAAGAAGGUUCUUCCAGUCAAUACUCUCCAUCUUCUCCUCAUUUCUCAAGCAUUUGUGGUCCUCUCUCGGAACUGAGACAGACUCCGCCCUCUUCUCUCUCUCCUUCGUCAAUCAGAAGAGACACGCCCCCUUUCUCCUCUCUCGUUAAACUUGGUAUUGGCACUCAGUAUAUUGUUAGCCCCUCCUCUUUUCAGGCCACGCCUCCUUUACAUUCAAAGAGCUCCAGUCCGAUAUCAAGGCCAGGCUUUUCUCCAGUGGGCGGAGCUAGUCAACGCUCCUCCAGGCAGAACAGUUUCACUAAACUUACAGUACUGUUUGAGCAAAAGGAUGUGCCUCAGCCAUCGACCACGCCCACAACAGGCCUGGCAAUGUGUGAUUCAACAGAAUUAAUUAGUCAAAGUUUAUUAAUGGGAUCGGAUACUAAUAAUAGUGAUAAGGGAUUUAAUACGUUAUUGAAUAACGAGAUACCUCACCGUAAAGCGGAGGAGCUUCAAGAGUCUCCUGGUAAUGGGCGGGGUUUGUUUAUUGUUGGACAGGAGAGUCCAGAGCCACGCUCACUGGAGAGUCCGGAGCCACGCCCACUUGAUGAUUGGACCAGUGAAGAGAUGUUCUCGUUACAGCUUGAUGAGGUGUCUGCCCUCAGUAAAGGAGUGUCUUCAUUGAGUGUCUCCAUUGCUAUAGCACAGGAACUCCUUAAACUGGCCAAGAGUAGACAAGGGCCAAUGUUACUCUUAUCAUCAUCAAUAGGUGAUUCUGGGCGGGUCUUAGAUCAUGCUCAAAGGUUUUCUGAGCAGUUGGUACUUUGUGUUAAAGCCGCUAAAGUGAUUGAGGAUGGUUUUAAGGAAUAUGAAUUGGAACUGGCAGCAGCUUCACUGGAACCAGAGGGCAAGCAUAGCAAAGUGAUUGAAGAGGCCCGUUCCUUACAGAAGCAUUGUCUUCAGAAAGGUCAAGUAGCUAGAGAGUUAUACUCCAAAUGUCUCACUAAAAGGAGACAGCAACAGCCUUCCCAACAUAAAACUGUUAUUGCUGAGAAAUUGAUUUUCUGGCAGGCGGUAGACAUGUGUAAGCAAGCAAUGCUUGAAGAAGGGACUCUAAAUAAUGAAGAAAUAAUAAGAAGAUAUCAUCUCUCUCUACUUUUGUUUCAGCUGCUAUCAUCAGAUGCUAAAACUCAUGGAGACAGAACAACCAUUAAAAGAUAUGAAGGGAGCAUCAGCGAGAGAUUAAAAUCAAUCUCCACAAAAAGGGUCUGAUAAUAUUCCCAGGCCUGGCCCCUCUCUUUUUUCUCUUACUCAAAUAAUUUUUAUUUUUGCGUUGGAAGAUUAAUUAAUUACUUAAUUAAUUAAUUUAUAGCAUCUACAUCAUUUAAGGACAACACACAGUACUACAUAUGAUAUAUAAACAAUCAGAAUGUUAUUAUUAUUAUGAUUAUUAUUAUAUUUUAUCAGCAAAAUUAUGAACAUGUA